CAUGCUGACCUCUUGAAUAGCGGGCAUUCGAUAUUGUCACAGGAUGGACAAACCCUGUUCGUUUCGAACCUCGUCAGCGGCGUCGAUCAAUAUAAAUUCCCAUCGUUAGAACGAGUACGGUCGUAUUCGUACCCAAUAAUCCGCAACCAAAUAAUGCAAGUCAGUACACUCGGUACCCAGCUCGUUAUAGGCGGAGAUGAUGGAUUCACUUGCCUCUACGACACCACUACAGGACAGUUGUUGCAGAUGCUUGAACAU